ACGGAGACCGUGGCCUCUGAUGCCCCGCCCCCUUCUCCAACUCCCGCGAGCUGUCAUCAGCGUCCCCUGCCAUAGUUACUUUCCAUGGGCCCGGGAGGCCGGACACCCAGGCCCGCGGCUGCAUCGCUGAGAAUGGAAGUAGGAAGCCAAGGCCUCGGCCCCUUUGCAAAGCCCCCAGACCUGACUCCAGAGGAGCGGAUGGAGCUGGAAAACAUCCGGCGGCGGAAGCAGGAGCUGCUGGUGGAGAUCCAGCGCCUGCGUGAGGAGCUCAGCGAAGCCAUGAGCGAGGUGGAGGGUCUGGAGGCCAAUGAGGGCAGUAAGACCUUGCAGCGGAACCGGAAGAUGGCAAUGGGCCGGAAGAAGUUCAACAUGGACCCCAAGAAGGGGAUCCAGUUCUUGGUGGAGAACGAACUUCUGCAGAACACACCUGAGGAGAUCGCCCGCUUCCUGUACAAGGGCGAGGGCCUGAACAAGACAGCCAUCGGGGACUACCUGGGGGAGAGGGAAGAGCUGAACCUGGCCGUGCUGCACGCCUUCGUGGAUCUGCAUGAGUUCACCGACCUCAAUCUGGUGCAGGCCCUCAGGCAGUUUCUGUGGAGCUUCCGCCUCCCUGGAGAGGCCCAGAAGAUUGACCGGAUGAUGGAAGCCUUUGCCCAGCGAUACUGCCUGUGUAACCCCGGGGUUUUCCAGUCCACAGACACCUGCUAUGUGCUGUCCUUUGCUGUGAUCAUGCUGAACACCAGCCUUCACAACCCCAACGUCCGGGACAAGCCGGGCCUGGAGCGCUUUGUGGCCAUGAACCGGGGCAUCAACGAGGGCGGGGACCUGCCUGAGGAGCUGCUCAGGAACCUCUACGACAGCAUUCGAAAUGAGCCCUUCAAGAUCCCGGAGGACGACGGGAAUGACCUGACCCACACCUUCUUCAACCCGGACCGGGAGGGCUGGCUCCUUAAGCUGGGGGGCCGGGUGAAGACGUGGAAGCGGCGCUGGUUUAUCCUCACAGACAACUGCCUCUACUAUUUUGAGUACACCACGGACAAGGAGCCCCGAGGAAUCAUCCCCCUGGAGAAUCUGAGCAUCCGGGAGGUGGACGACCCCCGGAAACCAAACUGCUUUGAGCUUUAUAUCCCCAACAACAAGGGGCAGCUCAUCAAAGCCUGCAAAACGGAGGCAGAUGGCCGCGUGGUGGAGGGGAACCACAUGGUGUACCGCAUCUCGGCCCCCACGCAGGAGGAGAAGGAUGAGUGGAUCAAGUCCAUCCAGGCGGCUGUGAGCGUGGACCCCUUCUACGAGAUGCUGGCCGCCAGGAAGAAGCGGAUUUCUGUCAAGAAGAAGCAGGAGCAGCCCUGACCCCUGUCCCCCCUCCGUUAUUUAUUACUGCGCCGCCCCGCCCGGUGGCCGGACCCCUGGGGCUGGGGCUGUGGAUGCUGGCUCCCCGUGUGGAAAACGUACCACCUCUAGUUCCUCUCUCAUUAUUUGUAAUUAACGCACUGUUGGUAAUAAUUAUUGAACUGCUCGCGG